CGAAGAAUAAUCGCUCUUUGCUCUAGCGACAUGGCGCGAAGUGCAGGUGAGAAUCUUCCCACGAGCUUUCGCACGAAAGUCCGAUGAAAUUUCGGAAGAACAAUGAACGCAAUAUCGGCGAUUUUUGUUUGUAUAACUUUUGCACAAUUCUGUACCAACACUCUCCGUCAUUACUCCAACCGAUAACGCCAAGUGGGACAUACAUGAAUAGAAAAGUAAGUAUGAACACAACCGCUGGUUUUGCGUCUGGCGUUGACCGUGAAUCCGCCGAGGACAGUCACGAGACUGAAGUAUCCGUUCGUGACCGCUCGUGGUAGACCUAGUAAUCUGGUUCGACAGCUGGAAUGACAAAGAAGCCAGAGGUUGUGUUUUUUUAUGGUCCUCCCUUUUCGGGAAAAGCUUUGUUUUUCAAACACCACUUCUCCCAGACUCACAAGAAAAUUAACCCAGCUGAACUGUUUGGAGCUAAUCCCUCUCUGAGCCACCGAGAAGUGAUUCUGAAGGUUGUCAAUACACUCAAUGAGGGCCAUAGUGUAGUUGUGGAUGAUGAAAACAGCAGCAAAAUAAAGAGAAAAUCGUAUAUGGCCAUUGUUAGGAAAAAGGUUGGGCUGUGUAACUUCAGAGUGAUUUAUUUCCAUAUUGCACCUUCUUCUGGCCUUUUUAUCUGUUAUUGGGCCAGAGAGUGGGAACUGGCUUGUCAGUUUGAGCUUUCAUUAAUUAAACUCUCUGAUAUGGAAGUUGAACAAUGGUUUCAGAACAAUACUGAACCACCAAGUGAAGAAGAAGGGUUCAACAAAAUAGACAAGGUUGAUGUUCAGUUGGUGUGUGACACACCCUAUAAAUUUGUGGUUCCAGCUCUAUUUUUCCAAUGGGAGGGAUUGUUUCAGUGUCAAGAAGAGCAAACAAACAUUCACAAAGCAGUAAUUAAUGUUGUGAAAAAGUGGAGCCAUAACAACCUGUGGGGAAGAGUUGUUUUACUCAAACUUAGUGAAAAGCAAAGUUGUGAAGGAGGGAAAACCUGUGAAUGGCUAAAGAAAAUGAAGCAGUUAACUUGUGAAUUAGUGACUCAGGUCAAUAUGCCAAUCUUCUUGGUGCAUUUGUGUUCAUAUUUGUGGGAGUUCAGCAGACCUCCCAACCCAGGUCUGUUUGCUUGGCUUCAGAGACUUCACAACAUCGAUUUGUCAAACAAGGCAACAUUCUUUAUUCAUUCAAGUGAUGAUCAUUCAAAGGCUGCCACUGCAGCAGGAGUGAAGUGUAUCAAGGCAAAUAAACUUCUCCAAAAUCCAUCGAUGAUAGAUACAGUGCAUUGUGGGGUAGCGGCACGGGUUCCUGAGUGCGUUAGUAAGGCGAAGCUGACAUGGCUUGACUCCCAGGGUAGACCUGAAGCUCGUAUUCCUCUUUUUCGUGAGGCUGUCUCCUCCCAUGACCGUACCGGUGAAAACAAAGUGUCUUCAAAUUGUGUUACAGUCACAAAUAAAUCAUAUACUCAUGGUAUAUGUUUUAAAGAUUUUGCUUCUCUAGAAAGAUUCAACUUGCAGUACAAACAAGCUGCAAUACCGACAGAGUCUGUGUCUGGUGAUUUAUUUAACUAUGAAGGGUGUCCUGUUGAACUGAGUGCACGUAGGACAGAAAAACAAUCAAGUGACGACAAUACUAUGUGUUUCUCUGGUACACCUGGAACACCUGUUGUUCCGCUCCAUAAAUCUCCAGUGCGCAGUAAAAUCGAUGAAAGGAAACCUCCUGAGACCAUAUGCCCGACUUUUGUGGUCAAAAGCUUAACUACUGAGAAGAUUGAGAGUCAUGCCUUCAGUCUGGGCCAUUUCAGACGAGGCGAAGGUUGCACAAGACUAAUCCGAAAUGUUAGGAGUAAAACAGUUGAAGAUGGUGUGCUUUUUAGUGCGAAGUGUAUUGGGUCACAGGACCAGCUUUAUGAUGUGUCUGUCGUUCUUAAUGAGAAAGGUGUUGUGCGAGCUAGUUGUACUUGUGCUGAUCCGGCCAGUAAGCAAGGGAGAUGUAAACAUGGAGUCGCUUUAUUACUUCGGUGCAAGAAAGAGAAAAACUCCGCGUCAAGUGCUGAAGAUCGAGUAAAGAAGACUAAACCUGAACAUUCAUCCUCAACUAAACACUGCAAAAGACUUAAGGCGAAAAAGAAAUUGGAAACCACGAUGUACUUUUUAAGCUCAGAAGAGCUGCUUCAAACAGCACAGGAAAUUUUGCAUAAGAACAGUAACCUCAGCAAACCGGAGGAAACUGAUCGCAGCAGACGACAGUCAAGAGAAUUCACGCGUGAGCAGCGCAAAUCUAAAUUGAGUUUACAUGUAGAGGACGAACCUUAUAAAGGGAUCUCUCGCAGAGAAAGCCUUAAUUCUUCCGUAAGCAGGGAUAGUUUCAUAAAUGAAACAAUUGUGAAGGAAACAUGUGAGGACGUUCAGUGUGGCUGUACAGAUAAUGGGCUUAUAAAUAAGAUAAUUCCAGAAUCAGUUACUGUUGGCACAUUGGAAUUUCGGUCUACGGAAACUAGUUCAAGUGUUCCUGAACCACAGAUACGAACCAAAGCCGGUGUUCUUGAAAAGGAUAAAUCCCAAAACGGCAUCAUCAUCCACAGGAAGGACGAAACACAAACGAGAACGUCAAUAUUGGAUGAAUUUAUUUGACAAAUGAUUAUCUGAUACAGAAUUUUUAACUCACUUAUCUUGUUUUCGGGUGUCGAUGACAAUUAUCUGAAAGGAGGACAAAAGGCAAACGUCCUUUGUCGAGUUUCUUUAAUAAGAUUAAGUUUUUGUAAAGGUGAUUCUUAUUGAAAUUUUUCCCUGUUGAGACUAAAAUUAGAUGAGAUUAUUACCAAGUUUUGAUGUAACGAGCUUGAUUGACCGGAAACCAAGCAUUCUGAAGCAGGAGAUCUCUAGCAUAUACUAUACAAGCGAUCUUUCUAACAAAGCAAACUGAACUUAGCAGAGUUGAGCUGGACAGGUAGAAUCCUGUCGUUAUCAGUCACUGUGUCUUACCGGAACGCUUUAUACCAGUUCAGAUCCAUACUGCAAAUCAACUUUAAUGACAAAAGGUAGAUGUGUGUGGUUCUCCUGUCUUACUCUCUGCUUUUAGAGGAACAUUUAAGUCAUAGUUUAGUAUGAAACUUUAAAAGACAAAAUUGCGCAUUGCUCGAA